GGACUACCAAGGGCAUUUCUACACUCAACACAGCACUGUGUCAGAGAACUGAAGUCAUUGAAGUCCAUACGUCAUGGAGGAUGUCUCCAGCGGUCCACACCGAGCCUCGGGAUUCCUAUCAUCUUUUAAAAGAAGACUAUCUUCCACGUUGACGUUCCAAUGGGGUGUAUAUUCCAAACCUUCCCCGGCGAACACGUUAGAGGUCUUCAUCCUCUUCUGUUUCUGUCUCAUCAUCGGUGCAGCGAUAGGAGGUCUUCUACACGUCUGGAUGGUCUACAGUCUGAACUACCAGCCCUUUCCGUCAAUGGUGGUGUCCAGUACCUGCGGCUGUAUAGUAGUCCUGGUGUUGCUCCUCCUCCACCCCGUCCGCUGUGUCCUCUCUAUCUCAGUGCCCUCCCUGGGAACCAAACAGGGCAGGAAGAUCCUCAUCUCCACUGCCCUGGUUAUUGUGGUGACCAGCUGCAUCCCCAACAUGACCAGGAACUUGAGCCGCUCUGUUGACAUGAUCAAGUGCUCCUCCCACAGCACCGCCGAGAGAAUCCUGGCCUCCACCAGUCAAGUAAACAACGCCCUACACGACAUGAAGAAUUUCAUCGGAAGCAUACCGAGAAUUGUGAACAUCAACCAGUUCUUGCAGAUCGAGCAGAAAGUGGAUGUCGAGGAGAUGAAGAUGGGUAUCAGAAACGCCUCGGCCAGACUGAAGGCUGAGUUCAAAGCCAUGCAGGAUACUCUGGAGGUCACAGGUCAAGUGGCCCAGAAGGUCAUCGCCUCCUCCUUCAUCAUGCUGCUGCUUGGGAGUUCUGCCAGUUACCUGGUCAGGUAUCUCACAGACCUAAAGCACGACAAUGUGUGUCAGACAGGCCGACUACAGGAGUUACUGAGGACCCGGGGGGUGGAGGAGCUCCCAGAGGCCUACAGAAAGAGGCUGGUGAGGACCAGGGGCUGGAGGAUGACACAGAGGGAGCUGAGACGAUGCCUGUGGGGAGGCACCAUCCUGGGCUUCUACUGCCUGGUAUGUGCCCUGGUCCUAGGGCUCGACCACCUCAUCUACUCUGUCCUGCAGACGUCUCUGAGCUGGGCACAGGACAUUCCUGAGGUGAAAACUACCAUCUCACUCCAUGUGAAGAUUACAGCUCUAAUCAUUGGCUUUAUCCGUGAACCUGUGGGAGAAAUGAACAAAGAGUAUGGCUACAGGAUCCUGCUUUUGCCCCCGGACUGCGUACGUCCCCUGUCCCCCCCAGACCCGUCUGUCCUCUCCACCACAGCAGCCCUCUUCCUCACCGCCCUGGUCAUGAUUAUGGGAGAGGUGUUCUCCAGGAGGAUCAGGAGGAAGAUCUGCUCGUCCUUCUACAGAGACAGAGAGGAGGAACGAGCCUUGUACCUGCGGGACAAGAUUCUAUUAAAGCUGGAGGAUGAGGGAAAUAUUUCCUAGAUCGGUAAACUGGAAGGCGGAUCAGACCAUACACCUCGGGAACAAGAUUCUACUGCAGACCAACGAUGACUGAAAAUGAACAAGAUUCCACUGCAGACCAACGAUGACUGAAAAUGAACAAGAUUCCACUGCAGACCAACGAUUAUUAGAAAUUAACAAGAUUCCACUGCAGACCAACGAUGACUAGAAAUGAACAAGAUUCUACUGCAGACCAACGAUGACUAGAAAUGAACAAGAUUCUACUGCAGACCAACGAUGACUGAAAAUGAACAAGAUUCCACUGCAGACCAACGAUGACUGAAAAUGAACAAGAUUCCACUGCAGACCAACGAUGACUGAAAAUGAACAAGAUUCCACUGCAGACCAACGAUGACUAGAAAUGAACAAGAUUCCACUGCAGACCAACGAUGACUAGAAAUGAACAAGAUUCUACUGCAGACCAACGAUGACUGAAAAUGAACAAGAUUCCACUGCAGACCAACGAUGACUAGAAAUGAACAAGAUUCUACUGCAGACCAACGAUGACUAGAAAUGAACAAGAUUCCACUGCAGACCAACGAUGACUAGAAAUGAACAAGAUUCUACUGCAGACCAACGAUGACUAGAAAUGAACAAGAUUCCACUGCAGACCAACGAUGACUGGAAAUGAACAAGAUUCUACUGCAGACCAACGAUGACUGAAAAUGAACAAGAUUCUACUGCAGACCAACGAUGACUAGAAAUGAACAAGAUUCUACUGCAGACCAACGAUGACUGAAAAUGAACAAGAUUCUACUGCAGACCAACGAUGACUGAAAAUGAACAAGAUUCUACUGCAGACCAACGAUGACUGAAAAUGAACAAGAUUCUACUGCAGACCAACGAUGACUGAAAAUGAACAAGAUUCUACUGCAGACCAACGAUGACUGGAAAUGAACAAGAUUCUACUGCAGACCAACGAUGACUAGAAAUGAACAAGAUUCCACUGCAGACCAACGAUGACUGAAAAUGAACAAGAUUCCACUGCAGACCAACGAUGAUUGAAAAUGAACAAGAUUCUACUGCAGACCAACGAUGACUAGAAAUGAACAAGAUUCCACUGCAGACCAACGAUGACUAGAAAUGAACAAGAUUCUACUGCAGACCAACGAUGACUGAAAAUGAACAAGAUUCCACUGCAGACCAACGAUGACUAGAAAUGAACAAGAUUCUACUGCAGACCAACGAUGACUAGAAAUGAACAAGAUUCCACUGCAGACCAACGAUGACUAGAAAUGAACAAGAUUCUACUGCAGACCAACGAUGACUAGAAAUGAACAAGAUUCCACUGCAGACCAACGAUGAUUAGAAAUGAACAAGAUUCCACUGCAGACCAACGAUGACUGAAAAUGAACAAGAUUCUACUGCAGACCAACGAUGACUAGAAAUGAACAAGAUUCUACUGCAGACCAACGAUGACUGAAAAUGAACAAGAUUCUACUGCAGACCAACGAUGACUGAAAAUGAACAAGAUUCUACUGCAGA